AUGAAGUGUGACGAGAAUAGAUUGAAUGGCAAAUGUCAAGCAUGUACACGGAAUUUCUUGCAAUGUUGUUGGCCAGAGGUCAAACGAGACAGUUUAGUUGAAAAGAAUCAAGUAGUGAAAAGCUCUUUAGUAAGAAAGAAAUGCGAUAUCAAUUCCUUGUUGGUAACGACGACAACAACAACAACAGCAGCAACAAAAACUCCGAUAGGAGUGAUUAAUCCGUACCCUAGUCCUUUACAAUCUCCAAUAAAAAGUACCACAGCAUUAGGAAUUAACGAUGAUGUCGGCUUUAUGCAGCUACCUCCGUUAUAUAAUCCCAGUUAUAGAUUACAGACAAAAGAUAGUAAUGUCAGAGGGGCAAAGAGAGAACAAGGAUGGUCACUUGGAACUAAUAAUAAAAACCGUACGACAGCAACGAAAUUUGUCAUUACCAGCUUCAAUGCCGAGAACAACUUAUGUGACGUGAGUAGCUGA